AUGUCAUUUCCGUCGUUUUAUGAUUACUUUUGUAGGUUAACUUCCUUUUGUUGUAUGCCUCGUGAAUAUGGCACCUACUAAACCAAAAUCGGCGGAAAAAUCCGCUGCUAAAAAAGAUGAAAAGAAAAAGCCCGCAUCAGCGCCAGCUGCCGGAGCCGCAGCUGGUUCGUCGAGCUCUUCGAAAACCCCCGCGCCUGCCCCCAAGGCCGCCGCCAAAGUAGCAGGCAAAGCGGCCGAGAAGAAGCCCUCGAAGACCGCGGCCGCCCCCAAAGCGGCCUCGGCCAAACCUAGCGCCGCCAAGGCUCCCGCCUCAGCGGCCAAACCUAAGGCCCCUAAGGCCGCCGCCGCCAAAGCGGCCAAACCCGCUGGCAAAUCGGCCAAAGCCCCCGCGAAGAGCGUGGCGAAGAAGGCUUCCUCCGACAAAGCCGCGGCUGGCAAGGCUAAAUCCGCGACUGUCGUUACGAAACCCAAACGUAACGUUUCCGUUAAGCAACAGAAGGGCGUCGGUAAGAAGACUUCCGCUGCCGCCUCCGCCGCUUCGGUCGCUAAAGCUUUGAAAGUGCAAAAGAAGAUAAUUAAAGGACCCAAUGGUACGAGGGCUCGUAAGAUUCGUACCUCGGUGCACUUCCACCGCCCGAAAACCCUGAGACCGCCCAGGACUCCCAAGUACCCGAAGAAGAGCGUGCCGCACAGAAGCCGCAUGGACGCUUACAACAUCAUCAAAUUCCCUCUGACCACCGAAGCGGCCAUGAAAAAAAUUGAAGACAACAACACUUUGGUGUUCUUAGUGCACACGCGGGCGAACAAGCACCACAUCAAGGCGGCCGUGAAGAAGUUGUACGAUAUUAAUGUAGCCAAAGUUAACACCUUGAUCAGGCCCGAUGGCAAGAAGAAGGCUUACGUCAGGUUAGCGAGGGAUUACGAUGCAUUAGAUGUUGCUAAUAAGAUUGGCAUUAUAUAAACUGUCUUUCUUAUUUUUUUGACAUAUUUAUAAGUUGGAAUUAAAACAAAUUUGACGACU